AUGAAGCUAGCUUUGAGACUUGAUGAUGUGGGCAAUUUCAGACGAAUAUUAGGGUUCAUUGUCUCUGUGCGAAAACACUGCUAUUUUAAGUUUGGACAAGAAGAACUAACGAUACUUUCGUUGGAUUCCGAUGGGCCACUCAUAUCGUCUACAUUGACCAAGGCAAACUUCACUAGGUAUGAUGUUGUUUCGAAGAGUGACGUUAUUAUGCUUGAGCUAAAUAUUGAACCAUUUUAUCAGGUUUUGAGGAACUAUGAAAAGACACCCUCAACAUCUGAAUUAGUUGUCAAAUUACAAAGGAAAGAUGAGAACCCUAAUGCCAAUGGAAAUGACAGCACUAACAAAAGAAGAUCUGUUUUUCUUUCUUUAUCCUACAACGAGGAUAUUACUGUGAGCACCGAGAUUGUGCACAGCUUCACGAUUCCGAUCAACUUGGUACGAGGUCAGUUAGUUGAGCAUUUAGUGAUCCCUGAAAUUACAAAAUUACACCUGGUAGUUGACAUCCCACAUGAUUUGGGGCUCUUGUUUUCCAGGAUAGAGAGAUACAAGGCAACUGACAGUUUAAACAUUGUACUCAAUAAACUGGGAGAGAUCAAAGUGGAGUUACAAGAUGAAGCUAAAAGGAUGAGCAUCAAAUGGAAAGGCUAUCUUACAACCUUUUCGCCCGACGAUGUAGAUUCACAAGCUACCGGAGUUAACAAGCAAGACAGAGAUAAUGGAGAUUUGAAUAUGAUCAAAGAAACUACAGUAAAAGUCAGGUCCAAAUGGUGGAUCAACGCAUCAAAGCUCAUUGAGUUGGGUGAUGCCUUGCAAAUGUACAUUCACGAGGGUGGGUGUAUAUUAGAUUGCAAGUUGGAACAUGAUCGCAGUGCUUCAAUUAUAUACUGUAUACCAGGGAAACUGUUAGAAUAA